CUGUUCAUGCCUUCAUACUAUACAUGAUUUGUCUUGCGACUACAACGAUUUAAUGUAUUCCUGCAGUGGACAAAUCAAUGACGUAUCUAAGACAAAGUAUUCACCUGUACUGCUUUAACAUUCUCCACCAAUGGUGCAGCAGGUCAAAGUUCGACGUUAGUCUGACCGGAAGUUGUUGGCUGCAGCCAGGAGACAGCUGGAGUGUCGGCAUGCUAGCUAACUAGCUUCUCACCGGUCCCUGGCUAGCAAUUCUGCGGGAAAAGGUCGAUUGUUGUCGAAUGUUUUAUAGUAUGAUGCUCUCGCGUUCGCAAUGACAUUAUAUCUGGAUCGUCUCACAAGAAGAGUUAAUUUUAACGUAGCAUUUCAAACCCGGAAACAGUGCACGGCUACAUGGUGGGUACCUAGCCCGGAGACAAGAUGAGUGGCAAGUUCCCCCUGUUGGGUUACAACAGCUCGCGGAAGCACAUCUCCAUCUCCAUCCCCGCCUCCACGGAGGUGAUGUCGCCUCACAUCCGCUCGGUGGAUGAGCUGCGUGUCCUGGGCCUCAACCUGAGCGGCCUCAACACGCCCACGCAGUUCCUGGUGUGCGUGGCGGGAGUCUUCCUGUUCUACCUCAUCUAUGGUUACCUGCAGGAGCUCAUCUUCUCUGUGGAGGGCUUCAAGCCGUUUGGCUGGUAUCUGACGCUGGUGCAGUUUGGGUUCUACUCCGUCUUCAGCCUGGUGGAGCUGCAGCUCACACAGGACAAGAGGAGGAGAAUCCCAGGGAAGACCUACAUGAUCAUAGCCUUCCUCACCGUGGGGACCAUGGGCCUGUCCAACACCUCGCUGGGAUACCUCAACUACCCCACCCAGGUCAUCUUCAAGUGCUGCAAGCUCAUCCCUGUCAUGAUAGGAGGCAUCUUUAUCCAAGGUGAGCAAACCUCACAGCAUGAGCUGUGGUCCAGCUGGCUGGCUGGCGUGUUCAUGCUGGAGUUGGGUUCUGCAGGUAGGCGUGUUCAUGCUGGAGUUGAGGAGGGAGUUUGAGUGUUUUGCAGGAAUGUGCGCUCAGGUUUCGAGUUACAGCUGAACAGGUUCAGCUGUGUUAGACAUGGAGACAUCAAGCAUGCAGAUGUUAAUAAGCCAUCUCUUUUUGAUGCUGUACGACAAAACCAA